CAAAAAGCUAUCUGUUUUGCUUCGAGUUUGUGUUUAUAUUUUCAUCUGCUGGCUGUUCAGAACAAUUUUUGUGCUAAACCGGAAGAUUAGUGUUGUUUUUUCGAAUUCAAAUUUUCUCACAAUGGCAGAUUCACAGUUUUUCGGUUUGGAAUUGCUUUACAAAACGGUUGAAAAUUCCAUCCAAACCAAAUCAGAUGUUCUAAUUACCAUCGUUCACUGGUAUUUGAUUAAAAACUCAUUUCGCAAUGUUGGAAUUGGUGACGAUAAAACAUUUUCCAACUCGGAAGAAACAAGCGAACUGCUGCCGGAAGGCUGGAACAGUAAUCCACACUCCUACGCUUUGCGUUACGUGAACAACGAUCAGCUGUACAUUCUGCACGGCAUCGACAGCGAGGGAACUAUGAUCGUUAAUCUGCUUCAAGUUAAGACAUUGAACGUGUCGAACACUACAUUUUCAAUUGAAAACACAGUAAAAGCAAUUAAAGGACCGGCUACGACUUUGAUCGAUGAUUUACCUGUCGUAUUGGAUCGCAUUCGGGAGCAACUGCUGCAGCCGGUGUUCGAAAGUAACAAAAAGAACACCGAAACACAGACUGCUAAAGAGCAACCGAAAGUCGAACAGGAACCACUGUCUCAGAGACUAACUAUUGGUUCUUCACUGAGAGAAAGAUCAGACCCGCUCGGCGUUGGCAACGUUGGACGUGGUGACUUGGAUCCAUUUGGUCGUGGAGGAGGCAUGAUUUUCCAACCACCUGGAGGAUUUAACCCGUUGGGAAACCUUCGGCUGCCGGGACCGCCCGGAAAUAUUCCGGGAGCACGGUUCGAUCCUUUCGGUCCCCUGGUUGGAAACGAUCCGAGACGGUUCCGUAACCCUGAUCCGGACCCGGAUCAUAUGCCACCGCCUGGCUACGAUGAUAUGUUUAUGUAAAGCUUUUACUGACUGAUUUCAGAGAGAAAAAAUCGAAAUAAAGGUACGUUUAUUCGGU